AUGGCCAAGCCUAACAAUCAAUUCCAUCAUUUCGGCCAACUCCCACCAGAGCUCCGACAUGCUAUUUGGUUAGAAGCCUUGGCGGUACCAACCGUCAUCUGGAUAUUCAACCACGGAAACCCGGAGCGAGUCAGCACCUGCAUCAUUGAACCAGGCGCUUCUAGGUCGUGCAUGGAGGCGUAUAACAUACUCAAGAAGACAAGUCAGCCUAUGAAUAUCCCUGGUGGCCGCACUGUCUGGGCCACAUCGAGUAACUGUGUUCUUCAUCUUGCCGGUACCAUCAGUGAAAAUCUGAGCCAGCAGCUUUCGGAUUUGGUCCUGCGGUACAGUCUCCGGUACAUCGCAGUGUGUCAUGGAUAUGGGGAGCCCAUCAUUUUUGGCAGGUUUUGGCACCUACUCAGAAUCAUACAGUCUUGGGGAAGUCGGUCCCAUAGCAUUCGAAAGCUCUUCAUCGUACACAAGGUCUCAUCUCUAUUAAAUGUCUAUCAAGCAAUUGCCGAUGAAGUGAUCGGAAAUAGUCCCGUUGAACAAAGAAUUCCUGAUGGCAUGGGCCAGCUCGUCCACGAUGGCUUCAAAAAUUGGCCCCAAAGGCCGAAGUUGUGUUUUCUGGAAGCUUAA